UUUAGAUUCAGCGUAGCUAUUCAGACAUCAGGAAUAAUUGUUUCACUGUGUGCGUUUAAUCUUUCACUUACCAGACUUUUGUCUAGCAUCCAGCCCUUUUCUGAGGAAUAUGCUCUGUAAACUGGACAUGACAUGUACACAAUCUCCUAAUCAUGGUUUCCUGAGUGCUUUGUAAGACAGAAAUAAAAAAAAAAAAAAAAACUAGAAAAAAAUCUCAUAGCAGAAGUCUUGCGAGCUCCAAUGCAUUAUUGGAUAUCUGUGACUGCCUUUCUAAGCAGAAAAGUUCUUGUUGGCCGUCAGAUUGGUUCAUUCUUCUCCUCUUAAACCUAGAUGAAGCUGGGUUUGUUCACGAUGGCAUCCUCACUUUGGAACCAAAGUAACUAUUCCAGCUAUGACUACCAAAACAACUCUUUCACCUACGACUACAUGAACGAAAUGGCGUCAUCGUAUUGGAACCAGAGUGACAACUCUAACACCACAUAUGCUGACAACAGUUCCAUGUAUUACAACUACUUUGACUAUUCCCAAGCAUCCGAAGCCUUGUGGUAUUUCAUAACUGUGUUAUCCGUUCUCACAUGCGUUCUGGUGGUUGUGUUAAACGUCGUCUGCCUGAUUGUGCUGCAUCGCACGAGAGCACUGCAGGAGCCUACCAAGGUUUUCAUGAUGUCACUCAAUGCUUCUGACUUAUUGAGUGGAAUAACUGUGUGCGUUCCCACGACUGUCAACUGGACGAUCCAACGUUGGCCGUUCGGGCGAAUCCUGUGUAAGAUUUACGCGACAUUUGGCAUGCAGCUCUUCAUAGCAACCAUUCUCUCUGUGUUGCUGCUGACAAUAGACCGCUACAUCGCUAUUUUUUUCCCUCUGCGAUAUCCAAGCAUGCUGACCCAGACUCGAGCCAGGAUCACCGUGUGCUGUAUGUGGGUCUUCAUUCUGAUUUCAUCAGCUGCUUUUAGGUUCAUUCCGGAUUCAGAAGUUGAAGCUAUAGAGUUUGGUCAUUGCUACUGGGAAUUCCAAUCUACGCCGUACUACGUCGCCAUCUUCACCGGUAUGAUUCUCGUACCGACACUUAUCGUCACGAUUCUGUACGUCAAAAUUGUGCAGACGGCGCUGAAACAGAGCAAGCGCAUCGGUCAAGAAGAAGGGCAAUUCCGUGACCGCGAAGGUGGGAAUCCAUUGGGUCGGAAUCGUCCAAACAGAGGUAACAGAAAGUCUCUUAUCACUCUUGCUGUAAUUACCAUGUCAAUGUACGUCUGUUACACGCCGCUGAUCACACUGCACAUUUUGAACGGCAUGUCCCGGGUAUACAUAUCAUCUGAGACUGAAACAAUCCUGUCUCUCAACUACAUGACUAAUUCUUGGCUCAAUGUGGUUAUUUAUCUGUUCAGAAACAAGGAUCUCCGUAAGGAGGCAAAGGCUCUCAUCAAAUGGCCUUGCAUGAAAAACAUGAACCCAAUGAAUGGUUAAAGAGCAAUGGACCUUUCCUGCUGGCAAAUCAAACAGUGCGCAUUGAUUGACUCGAACACGACUCUUAGUGGGAUGACUACAGUAACUCUGCCAAACCCGGUCACGAGCGCUGUUAGAAAUGUACACAAACCAAAGGUGGGUAGGGCUUAUGCCACAAUAUAAAAUGGUCCAUUGCAACAAAAGCCAAAAAAUGGGUUUUUGAACACAGUUUUUAAAACACCGUAAUCCAGAAAAUGCUUUGAGGAUUCAAUUGCGACAUUAAUAUCA